AUGAUGUUUAGGAGAAUGAGAGGGAGAUGGGAGGGGUCCAUGUUUUAAAUUAGUAUCCAGGUUUGGUAUAACUUCACUCACAAUCUUUAAGCUUUAUAUAUCACCUGAUAUUUGAUAUUCACUCACUCUUUUCUCAACUCAACUGCUACCACAGCGAAAACAUUCUCCAUUUUUCAGGGCUUCAGACACAAGUUUCACUUUACAUGAUCUAGGUUUCCUGCAAUGGGAAAAUCUGCAGGAAAUUGGAUCAAGACUGUAAUCUUUAGGAAGAAAUCAUAUAAAUCUAGCUUUUCAAAUAGAGCUGCAGUGAAGGAGGCAUUUGCUAUUUCUAAAGGAUCAACUGCUGACUUGACAUUGAGUCCUCCUGUAAUCUCAGAUCCACUAUCUCAUGUGUCAGAUAAAAAUGAUACAGAAGAAACUAUGGGGUUGGAUUUUCCAGACACUUCAGAGGACAUCAGGCAAGAGCAAGCUGCCACAGAGGUUCAGGCUGCUUUCAGGGGCUAUUUGGCUCGCAGGUCAUUUCAUGUCCUCAAGGGUAUCAUAAGACUUCAAGCACUCUUUCGUGGACACUUGGUAAGGAGACAAGCUGUUGCUACUUUGCACUGCUUGCAAGGGAUUGUUAAGUUGCAGGCUCUAAUUCGGGGACGAGGGGUUAGAGUUCUGGACAAUGGGCAGGAAGCACUCACAAAGGGAAGUCCAGGAAGGUUUCUGGAUGAUGCUAAGCAAGUUCAUCCAUUUGAAUUAGAUACAGCAACCAGGCCUGGGAAGCUAUACACAAAUGCUUUUAUCUGUAAGCUUCUAGCUUCAUCAUCCACUGCUAUGCCCCUGAACCUCCAUUAUGAUGUGGUCGAACAAAACUCAGCUUGGAACUGGCUAGAACGGUGGUCAAAAUUCCUUUUCCAGGAAUCAUUUCCACAGAAAAAGCGGGUUCUUGACACAAGGUCUAGUUUAAAGCAGCCCAGCACUCAAAGCAUGCAUAACGAUGGCAGGCAGAAACGAGGUGUGUGGAGGAUUCCUGCUGUCAAUGCUGACAAUAACUCAUUGCGUUCUGUUACUGAGUUUGGAAAGCCUAAGAACAACAUGAGAAAACCUUGGAGUAAUCAAACAAAAUCAGCACAGGAAAACCCUCCAAGUGAACUUGAGAGGGUAAGGAAAAGUUUGAGGAAAAUCUCUGCAUCCAGCCCAGGGGCUCCCGAUGGCUCAGAAACUGUGACUGAAAAGCCAAAGCUAAGCCCAAUAAAGGUGCCAGGAUCUCCUACUCAUGAUGUUCUCAUGAAUAUCACAGAUAAUCCUUCGAAUAAGACGAGUGAUCCCAUGGUUUCAUUGACAAAAGAUAUAGAAAAAGUUGAGACAGAAACUUCUCCUAAACCAUUGACAACGAAGGAGACUGUUAGUUUGCAGAAUGAGAAGCUGCCCAAUGCUCAGUUUAAUCAUCUGGAAAGUAGUGCUGAUAACAUUCACGUGGUGGUUGAGGAUAUAAAUUCAAAGGAGGAAUGUAGCAAGGAUAGUACGACAACUAGGAGGAGAAGAUCUUCAACAAAACAGGAAUACCAAGAUAGUGUCUCACAGAACGCAACAACAGUUCCAAGCUAUAUGGCGGCAACUGAAUCUGCAAAAGCAAAACUUAGAGGACAAGGAUCUCCAAGGAUUGUUCAAGAUGGGGUUGAAUUUUUUUUGAUCCGGACGCAUUCUCUUCCAGCCAGCAAGGGUGGCGAAUUGAAAUUAGUGUCACCCCAGACACAGAGGAAAGUUCAUACAAACAACAAGGGCAGAAGCAGAGUUGACAGAUUAUUGUUUUCCACUAAAGAUGGUAAUGAGAAGGUGAGCCAGCCAGCAUGGAAGAGGUAAAUCUUUCAGCAGUUGCUGCGAGGAAAGGCGAGUUAUCUUAUGUUUAAUUGGUAUAAAUUUAUUUGCUUUUGGUGUGUGUUUGAGUGAAUUUAUAGUCAAGGCUUUAUUAUUAACGGUGUUGGUUUCUCGCACCAUCAUGUGUACUUUAUUUGAUUACGUGUUUCCUCUGUUGCUGCAAGAUGUAAGAAACACUUCAAUGCUUUUAAAUCAUGUUGUUUUCGAAAUAAAUAUUCAGGGUUUAUAUAUUA